AUGACGGACACCAAGAUGGAGGCUUAUGGCAGCAUUGUCGCCUUCGAAGGUCAUCCUGAUAUUGUGUCAACUCAGCUCCGAUUGCUGCCAACCUCACCUCAAAUCCUUAUUCUUCCUGCGGUCCAGUGCUACAUUGUCAAUAAUGAUUCGGACAAAGCCUUUGAGGCGCGGGCUUACAUUCGCAGGGUCCAUGACGCCCUCAUCACCCGGCAUGAAGCUGCACGUACCUUUCUACACGGCGCGACAACAUCGAACAAGCGAUUGGCAUUCCUCAAUGGUGGAUCACCGAGUGCCCAUGCCCUUUGUAUCAAAGCGAUCAUGAAGCACGAGACAGGUGGAGACAGGAUUGAGGCAGAGGCGAUUUACGCUCAGCUCGCAAAAGAUGGCCUGGCUGGUCUCGAGGUUAAAGGCCGAAUUCACAGUAAGGCGGGCUCUGAUGGCAACGAAUCUAUUUUCAACGAAGAGCUCCAUGAUCCCAUAACGCGGGCCAUGAGAGCUGCUGAUGCCUUGGACCGCGAAACUGCCAAUCUUCAGCCAUCUGACAUGCUCGAUCUGACAAUGACAACUCGGCCACGAAGUCUGAGCUUGCCGCUGUAUGGCUACUUAGAUGGCUUUGGCGAUGCAGCUCCCUUUUUCCUCUUUGGCGCGCACGUUGAAGACGAGAUGGAUGUGGAAGACGAUACCCCUCUAACCCCAGGAGCACCGACAUUUGCUGUCGUUGACUACAACCAGCCGUCAAAACGACUGUCGCCAGACUCUGUAGAUCUCCCACCGGCAUCGCCGAGUCGCGCUGUUAAACCGCAAGUGCAGUCGAGCCUUGGAGUACACCGUGAAGUUGAAAUGCUCUCCCCAACAUCCCAGACUUUUGCUCGCACAAGCGAUACCAUCUCCAGCGGAGAAUCCACCACGCCCGACAUACGCACAUCAGUUUCGAGCUCCAAGGGAGCACUGCAAAGAAUCAGAUCGCUAGAUAGAAUCUACCCGAUUACUGCCAAGUUGAGAGAUCUCUGCAUUUCAGGAGCUUCGACAGAGAUGGGAGCAGAGUCUGGUGUUUUCCCCCGUUCGCACUCUUUCAUGGUUGCUGGCGAAGAGAGAUCUCCAGCUAUUCGGAGGCUGAGUUAUAUCGAUCGACGGACCAUUCUAUCCAAAGGUCAUCAGCCGACACUCAAGGCCGACCAAGUUUCUCUCGAUAAAAAAUCGAAACAAGGCCAAAAUCCUUUCGGUUCGUUCCACCUAGGGACCGACAUUGCCACCGCAGUAGAGGUUCCGUUCCAGCCAGUACUACCUUGGGUAGAAAACUUGGUGAUCUAUUUCAAAGACGAGACACCAGAUGUACUGCUCACUUCAGUUAUCCUAUCAUUCAAGGCCAGCAACUAUCCCAUACUCUCCUCUCCUGCUUCGGUGUCUGUGUACUCCGGACAUACUUCUACAGCAACGACUCCUCUUCGCCAGCCAACUGCGCUUGAUCAAAGAUCUCAUGAAAGAUCUCAUGAAGAUGCUGCGAUGAGUAGGGAAAAUAACGAUUAUGACUACUUUGCUCACACUCGGCCUCGACAGCCGCCUGUGGGAGAAAGAACCAUCCCAUCUGUCAACGUUAUUCGACCACCAACACCCGCACAGACCCCGCCUCCUUACACGGGUAAUCGGGAUAAAUUUCACGACUUUGAACUUGUUUCUGGGCAAACUGCCGUCGCUAUCCAAAACUCACUUCGGUCAGUCCUAAGCAUAUACUUUCCUCCAGAAGCAGAGGGCUACCGCCAAUUCCAAUUUUCUCUCCUUCCCGAAUUUGACGGUUUAUGGAAGCCUGUCUUCCGAGAAACUGAGCCCAGGGGCUCCAAAAGAGAAACAAACCGAAGAGUCAAUCACAUUCUGGCGAUAGGAUCCCAAGAAGGCGUGGAUAAAGUGUACUCGUCAGGAAUCAUUAAGCAACUGGAGACGAUUGGAACGAAAUCAAGCGAUCGCCAGGGUCGCAGCGGGCGAGUAGAUUUCCGAUACCUACUUGCGAAUGCCAUGCAAGCAUUUACCGCUCUGCCCCUGACAAACCAGACAUCUGAUAACCCUUUCACCAAUUCGUAUCUUCUGGCGACGCUGCUUAUCCCCCAUCUUGAAACAUACUUGGCACUCCACUCGGGAAUUCGCUAUCUUCUGCUCGAGUACCCUCCUGAGCACCUGGCCACCGUACUGGCCUUGCAGAAGUUGAUAGGCGUAGACCUUAUCAAGGUGGCUCAAAUUGUUGACCCUAGCAACAAGGACCGUUUACCUUUUACACAAAUCGGGGGGCCUAGCGUCGGGGCCAAAACCAAUACCAAAACACCCAAUUUGUCACCGCAGUCGUCAAGCUCGGAUGUCACAGUCUCCAAUGCAAACUUUCUGCUCACGUCUACGGCUACCGCCAAAGACAUAGCGAAGUUUGUUUCUGCCGUCUGGAAUAUCCAGGUCGAAGCUUGCGAUUCUGAGUCUUCACCCCAUAGGAAGAGUUUACCUACCAAAAAGCCAAAACCAGCACCGCUCGAUGUCCUAUUCACCAAAUUCCCUCGAUCAUCAGUGUCGACUCGCAGUGGGCCGUCGCCUACCUCAGCUGAUGUCUCUUCCAGCCCCGAAUCGCUCACGCUGUCCUCUCGGCGUCAGUCGUUUACGGACAAUAUCAAGACACCCAAGUCAGGGACCAUCUAUAGUCGAGCCUUCUCCCGGCGGCGACUCUUCCGUAGCGACUCAGCAUCCAUGACUACUUUUGACCACGGCAGUGAUGACAGUGAAUUGGAUCUAGAAGAGCGGAGGCUCAUGCCCAUGUUUAUGAAAACCGUUGAGCCUAAGGGUAAUACCCGGAAAGCUCUCAAAUUCCUGGGCUUGGCAUAA